CGUUUGAUCCAGCGAACAAAUAAGCCUCGAUUGAGCUUCCUUCACCUUCUUCCACUCCCUCCUCUAUCUCCCUAAAUCCCUAAACAAAUCAUCGUUGUGACCCAACAACUUACCUACGCUCGCGCUCGCCCUUGAGCUCCUUUUAUCUAUUUCCCUUCCUCAACAUUUUUAUCUCUCUACUCAGGUCCUCCUACUAGUUAGGUGACUUAGCCCAACGAUGGCUGCCCAAGUCAACGGCGAGGUUCAUCCAUCAUCCGCGACUCUGUCGCACAUCAGAGGAUAUCCGGUGGUCAACGACAGCAUUGCCUUCAUUAAAGGGAACCCCUACGGCCAGAAGUCGAUAGAGCUAGGUGAUACUGCCUACAAAGCCUUCGCUAAGCCGGUGUUUCCGUACUUUUCCAAGCCGUACCAAUAUGUCUCUCCUUACAUUAAGAAGGCCGACCAGAUCGGCGAGGAUGCCCUGAACAAGAUCGACGAACGUCUUCCCGCCCUGAAGAAACCGACCGGCGAGCUGUGGACUGAUGGUAAAAACCUCUUCUUCUUCCCCGUCCGCAAAGGGCUGGAAACCAAGGACCAUGUCUUCGACAUCUAUAACUCCGAGUAUAAGAAGGUUGGAGGUGAUGGCCUAGUAACAUCUAGCAAGGCGCUUGUCUCGGCUGGCCUCGUUGUUACAAGCGAAGCGCUCACCUGGAUUGGUGACCUGCUCCGAGCCGGCAAGGUACAGGCCAAGGAAACAGGCAAUGAAAUACGUCAAGCAAACCAUUGAAAUAUCACUGAAGGACAAAAACGCUUAACAUAGGAAUAGGGGGCGAUUCUCGGCAUAAUCUCUUUCUUUUGAUACCAUGCAUCUCU